AUGGAUGUUCCUGUUUCUGCUCUGAUUUCCCAUGCCCUUCUGCCCCAGGAUGGAGAUGUGCAGCUGAAAGAUCCUAAUGAACGCAGGUUCAAGAACAUGGCGGCUCAGCCUUUUUCUAAGGCGAGUCGCUUUUGCAAGGCUCAUUCCAAGAUGCUGCGGAAGAUCUUGCUGGGCAUCCUCUGUGCAGCCUACCUGGCCUACUUCAUUGCAGCCUGUUGGCUGAACUUUGACCGAGCCUUGGCUUUGGUCAUUUUCACUGUCCUGGCCGUUUGUCUCAUGGCCUAUAGCAUGAUCAAGAAAUUGUGGGGGUCAAGGAUCGUCCAGAUGCUGAACCCUUUCAAAAAAUGGUGCCGGAGCAUCUGGCCGUGGCUGAAAUGGGUGCUGUGUGCAAUCAUUUUGAUUGGCCUGGUCACGUGGCUGGUUCUUGAUGUGUCCCAGAGGCAGGAGCAGUUGGUGUCACUGGCUGGCUUCAGUGCGCUGGUGCUGACGCUGUUUGCCUGCUCCAAACACCAUGGAGCUGUGUCCUGGAGAGCUGUGUUCUGGGGGCUCGGACUGCAGUUUGUCCUUGGAAUCUUCAUCAUCCGGACAGAACCUGGAUUUCAAGCUUUCCAAUGGCUUGGUGAUCAGAUUCAGACAUUCCUGAACUACACCACGGCGGGUUCCAGCUUUGUCUUUGGGAAUGCGUUGAUCAAAGAGGCAUUUGCCUUUCAGGCAUUGCCCAUCAUCGUCUUCUUCAGCUGUGUGAUGUCGAUUCUCUACUACCUGGGAGUCAUGCAGUUCAUAAUCCUGAAAUUGUCCUGGCUCUUGCAAAUCACCAUGGGCACAGCAGCCACGGAAUCUCUGAGCGUGGUAGGGAAUAUAUUUGUGGGAAUGACGGAAGCACCACUGCUCAUCCGUCCCUACCUGCAGGAGAUGACACAGUCAGAAGUCCACGCUGUGAUGACUGGCGGCUUCGCCACCAUUGCCGGCAGCGUGAUGGGAGCUUACAUUUCGUUUGGGAUUGAUGCCUCAUCCUUGAUUGCUGCUUCAGUGAUGGCAGCACCUUGUGCUUUGGCAAUGUCUAAACUCAUUUACCCAGAAGUGGAAGAGUCCAAGUUCCAGAGUCAGGAGGGUGUGAAAAUUGCCUGUGGGGAAGAGAAGAAUGUCCUGGAAGCUGCUGGCAAUGGAGCAUCAGUCUCUGUGGGGCUGGUGGCUAACAUCGCAGUCAACCUUAUAGCUUUCCUGGCAGUGCUGGAGUUCAUCAAUGCUGUGCUUGCUUGGCUAGGGGGCAUGGUCAACUUGCCAGAACUCUCCUUCCAGUUGAUCUGUUCCUAUGUCCUGGUGCCUGUGGCAUUCUUGUUAGGAGCAAGCUGGGAGGAUGCGCCACUGGUUGCUGAGCUUCUGGGAAUCAAGAUCUUCUUAAAUGAGUUUGUGGCCUAUCAGCAGCUAUCAGACUACAAACAGAAACGAUUGAAAGGAUUGCCUGAGUGGGAUGGGACACAGAAGCAGUGGAUAUCGGUGAGAGCUGAGGUCAUCACCACCUUUGCUCUGUGUGGAUUUGCCAAUCUGAGCUCCAUUGGGAUCAUGUUGGGUGGCUUGGCAUCCAUGGCACCGCAUCGCAAGAGUGAAUUUUCCAGCAUCGUUUUGCGGGCUUUGUUCACUGGAGCCUGUGUCUCCCUGAUGAAUGCAUGCCUUGCAGGCAUCCUAUAUGUGCCCAGAGAUGUGACUGACUGCCUAGACUUCUUCAGCAAAACCAACCUCAGCUCUACCAGCUAUCCUGUCUAUAUUUGCUGCAAAGACUUAUUCACCAGCACUUCAACUGCAACAAAUGGUUCGCUUUCGUUUUCUGGCAUUUGGGAAAGUGUGGAUUUCGGCACUUCAGUGACAUAUCUCCAGCAGUGUUGUGGUCACUAUAAUGCCACAGCCUGUGCCAAUCCAUAACUGCUCAGGUGGACAGUGCAAAAGGACAUCUUGCUUGAACAACACAGAAACAAA